UGAAGUAGCAUCUGGAAGGCUUUAAAGCAAAAGGGAGAAGAGAAGAAGGGAGAGGAGGAGACUGAGGAGUCUGCUGAGUGUGGGGACUUUCAAUAGUUUGAGCAUAAGGAAAUGCAGGACAAAUAUAUACAUUAAACAGUCUCCACAUAAAAACAUUACUACAAUAAGAGAAUCAACACUAGACAAAAAAAGCAUCUUUGUAGAGACAUAAUCUUUAAGAAGAUAUGUCAUAGACAAAAAAAAGGCAGGGGAAGUCUGACCUACAGUAAGUGUUCGGCCUCUUCCUGCUUGACGUUCACCUCAGGAAGUAGCGGCUAAAACCGAGGGCAGGACUGAAACAAAGACACAUAUUUUCCCUUUGCCUUUUAGAUUCUCCUUAUUCAAUCUUGCACUGAUCAACAAGCGGUAAAAAAGGAGAGGGGCGGGGUUUUCAAUGGAACUCAGAGAGACAGAGUGGGCAAUCGAGCAGCCAAUCUUUGGAAAUAUAAUGGAAGCAACCGUUGAUUCUCAGGACAUUAGCCACACAAGCCCAGUGUCAGGAAUACUCAGUACUCCAUCCAUCCAUUCAUCUUCUCCCUUAUCUCCACCUUCCCUUUCCUCCCACCCUCCAUCCAGGCCAUGUCGACCCAAACAUCCACCGAAGACCUCUUAUCUUCCCUCUCGACCUCCUCUACCUACAUCUGCUCCAUUGUUACUUUCUCCUCCUGUAUCUAAACCUCCUGCCCACAUCCCCACCAAAUCUGCUCCUCUCUUAGUUUCUCCUCCUCUCCCUUCUAACCCUCCUUCUCUGGCUCUUCCAACUACUCUCUCUCCUACUAUGGUAUCUAUUUCUCCUCUACUUUCUCUUCAGGCAAGUGUCUCCCAUGAUCUUUCUCCAACAUCUACUCCUGCUGCUCUUCCUCUUUCACUAUCUUCUACAGCAUCAUUUGCCUCCUCCUCCCUGCUUCCUCCACCCCUCCCUGUCAUGCCACCAUUCUCCUCAUCUCCUCCAUUGCUAAGUCCCAUAGAUUGCCUGCUUGGAACCACUUCAGUAUGGCAGCCCAAAGGACUUAGCCUACACCAAAUUAAUAUAAUAUUGGAGAAGGAGAACGCUGGGGUGUUUGUCGUUCACACAGAGGACUAUAGUAUGACUGUGUCAGUACGCCUCCCUGAUGAGCAUAAGGCACCACUUGUACACAGUGUGAUGGUCAAACAACACAAGACAUUUGUCCAUUUAGAUGGUUCCUCUCUGGUCUUUGAUGACAUCUUCAAACUGAUCUCCUUCUACUGUGUCAGCAGGGACAUCCUGGCUGUUACACUGAUGCUACCUUUGGCCAUUGCCACGGCAACUAAGCGGGAGGAACUGGAGACCAUCUCUGCUAUGGGUGCAGAUUUUUGGACAUCUGAUCUCAACCAGAAGGUAAAAAAACAGGACCAAGAUUUGGAUCAAUGUUACAAUACAUCAUAUUGGUAUAUCAACCCAGUCCCAGUAGAAAUGUGCUCUGACAUUGACCCCAACAUGUCUUCUACCUGCACACAUGGGGUCACCAAUCAAAAGAGUACAUCCUCCCCACAAAAUGGAGAAACUCCACAGACGGUUGCUCCAGAGGUCAAAGGUCAGAUUCAGAACAAGCCAGACAAAGAGAUGAAAUACAAACGCCCACCACCCCGACCUCCCAGCUUGGGUUCUAGUUCUGGGACAACCCUUCUCUUCUUGGCUCCUUCCUUAAAUCAACCUUCAUCUUCUAUAACUAAAGCAACUGAGAAAAAAGAGGAUGAAAAAGGAGUAGGGGCGAAAGAGAAUAGGAAGGUAAUGUUAACAUCACCUUCAUCAAGGCCUCCCGUUUUCCUGCAGAGCAGAACUGCUCCCCCUCUGCCUCCUGCUCCACUUUGUUGCACUUCACGCAGAAAGAGCACCGUCACGGAGGUAGGAGAAGAUACGGGAAGAGAGAAGGAACAAAAUCCUGCAAAGAAAACACAAAAAUUGGGGGGAGGAGAGAAGGGAGAGGCGAAAACAGGAAAUAAAGCAAGUCAUGGUGAGUUGGUGGAGCAAGACAACAGCCACCAGCAACAAGAGGAGGAGGAGGGAAAAGCGGACAGAAAAAAGAAAGGGGAGAAGAAGGAGGAAAAGGUUGCAAUAAAAAAAGAGGAGGAACAAAUAUCCGCAAAACAAUCUCGUCCAGUUCCACCACCAAGAAAGAGACCACCAGAAACACCUGUGUGCCCCAGUCAGAAUAAAGGAUUAGCCAAAAGCCCCCCUUCUUCCUCACAAAUGGGCUGGCCAGAUGUGUCAUUGUAUUCUCCACAGGGGGGUGCUGCAAUAGGAACUGAUGCAGACUCCUGUUCUACUAGCAGCACAGAAGAAGAAGCAGAGUCACUUCAGGAACAGGAGCAAAACCACAAUCGUCCUACAGAAAGCCACAAAGCAGCAAUGAAGAGAACUUCCACCACUGUUAUGUUGGACCGAGCCCGCUAUCGACUGUCCACUGUCCUCACUGGCCUUAUCAGCCAUGAUCGUCGUCUCACACAGCGCAUCGUGGAAAUGGCCAGGGCUCCUACAAGCUACAUUGGUAAUCUGGUAAAGGAGCACCGUGCUUUCACCCUGGAGACCAUGUCAAACCACUUAACCUCUACAGAACUGUUACAGGAGAUCAGACAAAUGAUGACUCAACUCAGAAGUUACCUGUUGCAGAGUGCAGAGCUACAAGCCUUGUUGGAGCCACAGCAUCAGUAUUCACAAGACAAAAUAGAGAACAUAGUAGAAGCUGCAAUGUGUAAAAGUGUACUGAAGCCACUAAGGGAACCGAUUUACCAGAGUCUGGAGAAACUGCACACAGCCAAUGGCAGCCUCAAACAACUGGCCCAAAACCAGUCUGUUGUUCUAGGCAGUACAACGACAGCAUUAGGUAUAACCACAGCUGUCCCCGAGGCCUCUGCAAUGGAAAAGAUCAGCAUCAAACUCAACAACCUUCAUCUGGAGUAUUCUCCUCAGAAAAAAAUUGAGCUGCUGUUAAAAGCCUGCAAGAUCAUUUAUGAUGCGAUGUCUGUGAGCUGUCCAGGGCGGGCCUAUGGUGCUGAUGACUUCCUUCCUGUAAUGAUGUAUGUCCUAGCUAGAUCCAAUCUGUCUGCCUUGCAGCUGGAUGUUGAAUAUAUGAUGGAGUUGAUGGACCCCUCGCUAACACUAGGUGAAGGUUCCUAUUAUCUGACCACCACCUAUGGGGCUCUGGAGCACAUUAAAACCUUUGACCAGCAGAGGUCAGCAACACGGCAGCUCAGCAGAGAGGUUCAAGACUCUAUCCACCGAUGGGAAAGACGACGCACACUCAACAAAGAGUCCAUGUCCCAAGGAUCUGUUCGGGACUUUCUCACAGUGUGUUGUCCUGACAUUGAAGCCAAUCCAAAAACCCUGGGUGUGCUCCCUAAUACAACCAUCCAACAGUUGUCUGAGCAGUGCACUACACGCUUUGAACAAAGUGAAGAAUCCUACACACUUAGUGUGUAUAUAGAUGGUCUCCACCAGCCCCUGGCCCCUACAGAGUUGGCCCUCAGUGUGAAGAAUAGCUGCCAACCUGGAACCUACUGCUUUGUCUACCACCCAAUAGGACAGUCCAACAACAAACCUAGUCGCACCUGCCCCAGUGACCCACCCCCAGCUCCACCUGCAGAAAACCUAAUCACAGCCAACACACGUCCUGUAGCGCCAGAGGCAGAAGAGGAGAUUCUGAUCGAGUUGUAAUGGCACAGAUCAGCAUGCAGUUUUUCAAACCACAAAACAAGAAGAAGAAGAAUGUUUAAUCUUGGACUAAAAUGUCUGGUUGAGAUUGAAAUGCAAAGCAUAUAGACUAGUGCAUUCUCAAUUUCUGAACAGAUGCAACAAGUCUAUCAAAUUUACUUGACCUCAAGUCUCUAACUGGUUUGUUUCCAUGUGCAUUUCAAAAGACAGCAGAGGCUAACAAGAGGCUCCAAAGAGACUUUUUUUGUCACAUCAAGGGUUCUCCAACUCCGAGGACUGGAUGAAAGCAUAGGACUUUAUAUAAUCCAUAAUAUAAUAAUGCACAUACAGUAACUGCUCAUAUUCAUACUGUAUAUACUCUGUAGUACUUGAUGGUACUCUCUGUGACACUCCAGACAUUCGCUCUAAACAUGUGUAGACUGUAUGUUACUAAUUAUCUGCUUUAGAUUUAUAGUGAUAUAACACUAUAAUCUACUAUAUUACAGAAAUUCAUUGUCGAUAUUACUACCAGUAUUAUUUUGUGAUAAAUAAUUCCUGUUAUUUUAAAUGAAUGAAGCAGCAACAUCAUAGCAACUAUAUUUGAUAAUAUUUUCAUUUUACUUACCAAAUUCCAGUUAAGGUUGAAGACAUUUCAUUCCACAUUUGUUUUGUUUUUUUAUAUUGUAUGUUACCUAUUGUACUGUGGGUCAAUCUGUAGGGUAGUAACCAGAGUUGGUGGUCUGACUUUCAGUUCUGCCUGAUUCCUAAUUAAAACACACAACUUUGAAUCUUACAGUAGAUUCUUAAAAUGUGUGGGCACAAACGUUUCCCCAAAUGGUAAAAUAUAUUUUGCUCUAUUUUAGUUCAUAUAUUUUAGCCAUUGUAAUCAACUACUGUAUAUGCUGAUCGAAGGAAAUACUACAAAUAGAGAAUAAUGGGUUACUGUAGGCGUCAGGUUUUAUGGUAAUGUUUUAUGGGGGGCAAAAUAAUUACAAAAAAAACUAACAAAUCCUUUUUGCAUAUGUAUUCCUAUGACUCAGUCAAUGUAGAAUUUAUAAAAUUACACCUUAGUAUUUUUCUGUAGAUUAAUAGUGGAUUCUGACAGAAAGAUUACUUAUUAUACUGGAGAGGAAACAGUGACAUGCAGUCAGGGGAUGAUUAUGAUAAAAAAAAAAUUCCACUGUGCACUGAUGUGUUAUAAAUGUAUUUUCUGUCAACAUUCACUCACUAUUUUAGCUGCUUAUUCCUCGUAAGGGUUGUAAGGACUGUGCACGCAUGCUGGAGUGGGAUAUGCUAGACACUCUUAAGGACAAUUCAGAUUCCCCAAUUUUAUGUGUACCAAACCACUAAACCCUUCCCUGGUAUGCUUAUAAUACACAAUUAAUAAACAUACUUAACGCUGUUCCUAUGUGCUGUAUGGGUAAAAUUAGACAGUAAGUGGAAAGUCAAAGUCAGACUAAACACUACCACACAAACAAGCUGGCAUGUGUAUGUCCAAUAUUUUAUGCUGUAAAAAACAUUUUUUUUCAUGUGUAUUCUUUAGGACUUUCUCACAGUGUGUUGUCCUGACAUUGAAGCCAAUCCAAAAACCCUGGGUGUGUUACCCAAUUCAACCAUCCAACAGCUGUCUGAGCAGUGCACUACACUUGAACAAAGUGAAGGUCUGAAAAACUGCACAAGGAUAGUUACACCAUACUAUACAUUCAUUUUCACCAAUCAGUCAUUAGCCUUUCCUUGUUGUACACUUAUUUGAUUAAAACUGUUUAAACUAAUUACACAUUUAGAUAAUGUGACCAUCCAUUAUAAUACUGCAAAGAUUAAAUACAGAGAGCUGAAGUAAGGAUGUAGUGAGCAUAGUUUGACAUAAACAUUUGACUUACUUUUGGGGACAAGAGAUCAAGUACCUGACAAUGUUAAUAACGGACACAUCUGUACUAUCUCCAGGUAAUAUCCAUGAUUCUUAUUUCUGUUUCACAGCUUGUCACCAAUUUAAUGUUUGCAGAAUACAGAUACUUUCUACAACCUG